AGCCACGGAGGCGCUGAGCCGGCGUCCGUGGCCCGCGGAGCUGUGGUUGCCGCGCCGGGUAGUGUUUCAGGAGAGGUCACCAUGUCACAGGAGUGGAAUGAGUGGGAGCUGAGUAAAGAGAAUGUGCAACCCCUGAGACAGGGGCGAAUCAUGUCUACCCUGCAGGAAGUCUUGUCUCAGCAGGAGACUUCCAGCCACACAGCUAUUCAGCAGCAAAAACAGGAAUUUGAAUCUGAAAUCCGCUUUUAUUCUGGAGAUGAUCCAUUGGAUGUUUGGGACAGGUACAUCAAAUGGACAGAGCAAACAUUCCCUCAAGGUGGAAAAGAGAGCAACCUCUCAGCAGUGCUGGAGAGAGCUGUAAAAGCACUGAAUGAGCAGCAGAGAUACUACAAAGACCCUCGCUAUCUCAGUCUCUGGCUCAAGUUUGGAAACUAUUGUAGUGAACCGUUGGACCUCUACAGUUAUCUACACAGCCAGGAAAUUGGCACAUCGCUGGCGUUAUUCUACAUCACAUGGGCAGAGGCGCUUGAGGCGAGAGGUAGUUAUAAGAAAGCAGAUUUAAUAUUCCAGGAAGGGCUUCAGUGCAGGGCUGAGCCUCAAGACAAACUACAGUCCCAUCACAGGCAGUUUCAAGCCCGUGUCUCUCGACAGACCCUGCUGGGACUUGAGCAAGAUGAGGAGGAGUUGGAUCUUCCUGUUAUAACUGAAACCCAAAGGAGCUCACUAGCAGAACUGAAAGGCAAGGGGAAGAAAAAUGUGAGAGCCCCAAUCAGUCGAGUAGGCGAUGCUCUUAAAGCUGCAAACCGAGGCCAAAGCUUCCAGAAUUCAACAUCUCAACAGGUGUCAAAUGGCCCAAAUUUUGCUGUAUUUGAUGAAAACACAGCCUCAAUCUCCAGAGCUGAGCUUCCUAUACUUACACCACAGCCAUGGGCAGCACCCCCAACAGGAAGGGCCAAAGAGAACGAACUGAAGGCAGGACCUUGGAACUCAGGCAGGCGUCCUCGUGGUAACAUGAACUCUGGUGUAGAGGUGCCCUGUAUGCUGCCCAGCUUUACCCCAUAUGUGGAAGAGUCUGCACAGCAACAAGUCAUUACUCCCUGCAAAAUUGAGCCCAGCAUAAAUCAUGUUUUAAGUGCUCGGAAGCCUGGGAAGGAAGAAGAUCCACUACAACGGGUGCAAAACCAUCAACAGGACAGUCAGGAGAAGAAAGAGGUUGCAAUGUAUUGUAAAGAGAGAGUUUAUGCUGGAGUAGAGGAGUUCUCCUUGGAGGAGAUUCGAGCUGAAAUAUAUAGAAAGAAAGCAAAAAAGAGAAGGGAAGAGGAGUUUCAUGCCAUAGCACAGCAGACAGCAGAGAUGCAGAGGAGGAUUGAAGAGCUGGAGAAGAAGCUAAAGGAGAAAGAUGAUGACCAGCAGCAGAGACCAUCUGAGCAGCCAACAGAAGAGAGGGAGCCUGCAAGAAUGGAAUCGGUUUUGGUGGGCACUUCAGAGCCUCUUGAAGCACAAGGAGAAGUUGCUUUCUCCAGUGCAGUAGCACUCACUGCAGCAUCUCUUGUGAAGAAACUGACUGGAUUGCAAAGUGAGUCCCAGUUGGCAGAAAAUGCUCAGCAGCACGAACAGCCGUGCUCCAAGGAAAUAACCCAGCCUCUAGCUGUGCGCUCAGAAAUCCGGAGAGACAAUGUGUUUUUGGAUGAGCAGAAAAUUGAGACCACACUUAAGAAAAAAGAUGCAGAUCUCCCUCCUUCACUGGAUCCUACUACGUUUUUCUCCAUAUUUGAUGAAUCGUCUGCUUCAGAAAACCAGAAUGUCAGUCAUCCUGCAGGCCACCCACAGAAAAGUGCCCGACGUCCCCUUGCUGUUCGUAAACCUUCAGAUAGUAUCGCCGCCAAGGAAAACAUAUCACCAGAAGUCUGCGAUGAGCUCCAUGGAAUUGAACCCUUAGCUGAAGAUGCAAUUUUGACUGGCUCCUAUAAGAACAAAACCCUUUGCCCCAGCCCAGAAGAUACGUGUGACUUUGUUAGGGCAGCCCACUUGGCAUCAACUCCCUUCCAUGGUGUAGUGGCACAGAGAAUCCAACCUCCUACCAAUCCAGAGAGUACCCUGAAGGAAGAGUGUCCAGAGCCUAAGAGCACAUCUGUGAGCCAGCAAAUCCCUAUUUGUGAGGGUAUCUACAAUGAAACUCUUUGCAUUAAGAAGCUGAGCCCAAUUAUGGAAGCAAGUCAGGAAGACACCCGCUCCUCUGGUUCAUCUGUUUCCUCAGCCUCCUCUCUUUCCUCUGUUACACAUAUCUCCACUAUUAAAUAUCUGCAUAUCCCUGAGAAACUGGAAUUGGCUCAGAGCCUGCCUGUUGAAAUGGCUAGCGACACUGGAGGCAGUGAAGACACUACUAAUGACCCACCUCAAGUGUUGUGGAGUGCAGAGCAGAGCAGAAGGCUGUUGGACCCUCUGCCAGAUGCAUUGAGUAAUUCUCCAGGUUUUUGUUCAGAGAAUGGGCCCAUGCCCGUGAUGGAGCUGGAAAAAGAAAUAGAGCUGGGGAAUGAGAUUUACUGCAUCAAACGGGAAUACUGGACCAAUGAAGACUACAAGAUGUUCUUUGGUGUUCUGUCCAGCUUUGCCGAGCUGGAUGCAAAGGGGUUUGCAAUAAAGGUGUUUUCGCAGCCCGUGCCUUGGGAUUUCUAUAUCACACUCCAGUUGCAAGAGCGUCUGAGUACUGACUUUGACCAAAGCUUCAGUGAGAACUGCAGCUGUUUCUUAUACCUGGAUGGCUGUGCUAUUCUGCAUAGGGAGAUAAAUCGCUUUACCCUCUGGAGUCCAAAGGGAGAUGGUGAUGAGGAGGAGGAAGGAGGAUCCCAUGAGGCCCCAGUGUCAGCAUUCAUCAUGCUCUUUGCAGUGAGACUUUCCAGCGCUGAACAUUUCUGUGUCUCAUCUACAACCACACCCUGA